ACUCACUCUCUCUCCUUAUAUAUAUAUAUAUAUAUAUAUAUAUAUAUAUAGAGGCGCAUGCAUUAGCAAAAACAAAGCAUCGAGAAAUCCAGGAUAUGUCGAAAAAGGAGAUAUGGGUAGUCCCAUUUUUUGGGCAAGGCCAUCUUUUCCCAAGCAUAGAGCUUUGCAAGCAAAUAGCUUCUAGAAACAUUAACACUCUCCUUGUUAUUCCUUCCAAUCUCUCCUUCUCAGUUCCCUCCUCUCUCCGCCAAUACCCACUUCUCCAAAUCGCCGAAAUCCAACCAACUUCGACGCCACCGCCGCAGCCGGGGCCUGACCCUGGCCAUCAACCUCCCCAUGGUCACCCCGACCAGUUCGAGAUGGGCCUUGAAAACCUCCUCCAGGCCCAAGCUACAAACCCAGACUCAGUUCGGCCCAUUUGUGCCAUCCUCGACGUCAUGAUGGAUUGGACGGCUGAGAUCUUCAAGAAAUUCGAUGUCCCGACGAUUGGUUUCUUCACCUCCGGCGCUUGCUCGGCUGCCAUGGAGCAUGCCCUUUGGAAGGCUCACCCCAUCGAUCUCAAGCCCGGUGAGGUUCGUUUGCUCCCUGAAUUGCCUGAAGAAAUGGCAGUCACUUACUUUGAUACUAAACGUCGAGCACAUGAGCCACCUGGUCCACCACCGCCAUUAUUUGGAGCUGGAUAUCAUGGCCCAAUUAUGGGUGGUACACAUGGGCCAUCAGGCCCACCACCGCCGCCCCACUCAGGUAGGGCCGGACCAAGACAAAGAGGCCCACCCAAACAUGGUGGCCAACCACCAUGGGUUGAGGGGUUGGAGGGAUCCAUUGCUUUGAUGAUUAACACGUGUGAUGAUCUUGAACGCCCAUUCAUUGAAAACAUAGCCAAGCAAAUGGGGAGGCCAGUAUGGGGUGUGGGACCACUUUUACCCGAGCAAUACUGGAAAUCAAUUAGUUCUAUUCUCCAUGAUCAUGAAAGUCGUAACAAUCGACAGUCGAGUGUUUCAGAGGACGAGGUGAUCCAAUGGUUGGAUUCGAAGCCACGUGGCUCAGUGUUGUACGUGUGUUUUGGCACCGAGGUUGGUCCAUCAAUGGAAGAGUACUCACAAUUGGCUCAAGCAUUAGAAGCAACGACCCAACCAUUCAUAUGGGUGGUCCAAUCCGGUGCGGGAAGGUCGGGCCCUCCACGUCCACCAAAUCUGGGAACGGCCCAAGAAGGUUAUUUCCCUCACGGGCUUGCUAGCCAAGUGGGUCCAAGAGGCUUGAUAAUAAAUGGGUGGGCUCCACAAUUACUAAUACUAAGCCACCCAUCAACGGGUGGAUUUUUGACACACUGUGGGUGGAAUUCUACGGUUGAAGCAAUUGGGCUUGGGGUCCCACUCUUGGGCUGGCCCAUUAGAGGAGACCAACAUUAUAAUGUGAAACUGGCUGUGGCUUAUCUAAAAGUGGGUUUCAUGAUUUCAGAUGAUUUAUUAGAGAAGGUUAAGAAAGAUGAGAUAGUUAAGGGAAUAGAGAAACUAAUGAGUGAUUAUGAUAUAAAAUCACAAGCAAAGAAGCUUGCAGCUAAAUUUCAGAAUGGUUUUCCAAAUAGUUCUACUGCUAAUUUGGAUGCUUUUAUAGAUAUAAUAAAAAGCUUAACUUAAGCUAAAAUGUGUUGUUGGUACUUUGCUUAUUGUGCUUAUAUGAUAUGCUAAAACCCAAAAUAGUAAAACUAGAUCUCUAGGUGGACAGCAAAAAAAUCUUAAAGUAAUAAACUUCAAACAUUAUGUGUGUAUUAUAUUUAUUAGAUAAUAUUGUAAUACAAAAGGAAAUUAGAUGUUUUGUGGGAAAUUAGAUGAUGCUCA